AUGGAGCUACAUAAACUUCCUUGGAGCCACAUAAACUGCUAUUUCAACUACCACGACUGUGGCAAUUAUACGAGGCAUGAUUUCAACGCCACCGCUUUCGCUUCUCAGGUGAUUACAGCGUCGUUUUCAUUCGGCUUCUAUUUUUGCGUUCUGUUGAUAAGUGGGUUAGGCGUGUGCUUUAAGUCUGCAAGGAAAGUUUUCAGUUCCCACGCUACCAUCAUUCUCUUUCUCAUCGGCGCUAUUAUGGUCUCCUUGAAUGUGUUCAACACGUCCGAUAACAAGACAAUCAUGUUGUACCAUCGCAUUGUGUCCGCCUCUUCGGUCGGGAUUGUUUUCUUCUUGCUAGGCGCGAUUUGCUUCUUUCAGAAGCCAACUGGGACGGAGACUUCAACGCAUCGCACCUUGGGGGAACACGAACCAUCCAAAGGGCUUCUGGUAAUUAUAAUUACCCUUCCCCUUACUAUGACAGAGCUUAUGUUUCUGUCAGGCGCCCAAGCUUCGGAGAAAGAGAUGCCUUCAAAACAACGUAAGUUGUGGCCCCUUCUUGUGACUUACGAAGCAAUUUUCAUUGUGCAAAAGUCCAUCCAGGCGGCAGUUUACAUCUCGUUAAGAAAUUUAAGAAUUCGUGAAACUUACAGAGAAAAUGCCCAGUUUUAUUUCAAGAUCUUGGCAUUUUUCAACUUUGUUCAAUGGAUAGACUGCCUAGUGAAUGUGGAAAGUGACUUGGUUUUGAUCAGAGCAAGGAUUACGUACGGCGAGUGGUUCGUCGUGUUGGAAUUAAUGUACAAAGCGCUCACCAUCGACUAUCGUCUCCUGUGUUCUUUCAUAUUCCUUGAGCAUUCGAUGCAAAUUCAAAACGAAACAGGUGGUGCUGAGACAGCUAACGCCGGCAGAGAAAAUGAAACAGCCUUCAGAAUCUACAAUAUGACCUAUUCAGAUCGCCGGUACAGAAACCUUGGGUAUCUACUGGGAUUUUUCUGCUUUCUCGCUCCAUUCAGCUGCGCUGUUUAUUACGUGCACAACCUUGAGUUGCCUGUCUACAUACGUGUUGCAACGAAUUUCUUAAAUGCCCUCUGUAUUUUUGUAUGUGGGAUGAUUCUUUUGCUAAAGAACAAGCUUGAUUUCGAAAGGAAGGACAAGGAGUCAAUGAGCGUUAAAAUCAUGGUGAGUACUGCACUGAUAAUGUGAAUUAGGAUAAUCCGUUGAUAGAAUAGUGAGAAGGAAAAGAUUUUGGUCACGGAAAAAACACAGUACCACCAUUUUGCCACCGGUUUAAGAAUUCUAAGGAAUUGGAACUUCACUGAAGCCUGGAGAAUACAAAUCAUUCAUGCAGGCGUUGGAGAGCAGAGUCCUCUUAGACUGAGUCUUGUAAGACCUUAAAGUCAAAACCAAAGUAAUCACAACAUCCAAUCAGAAUGAACGAAAACAUCUCGACGAGCUAAUGAGAGAAGAAAUAGGGCAUAUCGCUUGAAGUUCGAGUGACCAAGCAGGGAUUGGUGUUCGUUUCGAAUCUGAUUGGUUGAGAAGGUGGCCCUAGUUUCUUCGACCAAUCACGAUAAAGCAAUCCAGAUCACUUUCGACAUUCGAUUAAUUUUUUCUCUGUUUCUUCGUUAAUCUCUCGCGAUGUUUUCGAAAAAAAUAACCAGUGUCUCACAGGUCCGAGAAAAAAUCUUUGAAAGGAGUGAUGACAUUAAUGUAAGUUAAUGAUUAAUGAAUCGCUAAGAUUACCGCUCAUAUUUAAUGGCGAUAAAAUAGGGAGGGAGAUUGAGGAGAAUUAUAAAUGCAUUUUAACAUUGUGCUAGAGUGUAUUGGUGCAUUUCAAUGAUGCAUUUGAGGAGUAGAUUCUAGUGUUAGUAAACGGUGUAUGAGAGGAUGUACGUGAUUACUUUUUUUCACUCAUCAUUUCUUGCACUGGUCUUCUUGUCUGUUUACCAGGCUUGCUGUCUGGGUUCUGUUGGUUUUGCGAGUUUGAUGAUCAAUGCUGCUCUCGCUCAGUUCUGGGCGAGCAGCCAACAUUAUUUACGCAGCUACCAUUGGGCAUGCGCAGAACUGUCGGUUCGCGGCCUCACGGCUACUUUCUUGAUGGCCAUGUUUCUUCACGUGAAUGCUCGCGCCUUACCUUUAAACAAUCCAGAUGUGAAGAUCAACCACUUUCUCGUGCCUGCUCUGAUGCUUGGAGUCAUGGCUAAUUGUGCAGCGUGUUUGGUUGAUCAAUAUUUUGGUCCUCUUGAUAAAAGAAUAAGGUAUGUCAUUUCUUAUGUCAAACCUAUGUGAUCGGUUUUAUGUGUUAAUUCAUGCAUUAUUUUCGAUAAAACUUCUCUGCAGUAAAAAACAAAUUGUGUCGUUCCAGACUUGUUCUUCAGUUUUUAGUGUCAUGGUUUGCAAUCUUAUGAUACUCAAUAGAGAAGUGCCCUUGUGAUUGAUGAAACGAACUCAACCUUAAAUUAUUUUAUCUGAUUAUUUGCAGAUGUGAGAUUACAGGAACGAGUUUGAGGUUGCUGCACGACGCAGGAGAACCUAUGUACCUUGGAUUCCUAAUCCACGUGUUUCUUCAUUUCCUCAUUAUGCAGACACGGAUGGGUCGAUCCAAGAGGUCCCUCCCAGGAAACGAGGAUACACCGUUGUUG